AUGGACUACAGCCAACCAAUUGAUUUUAAUCCUACUCAGUUCAACCCACCACAGAAUCACUUUAAUCGUGGUGCACCUGCACCAACAGAAGCCACACCGGAGAAGUUAGAAGAAAAAGCACGAAAAUGGCAGCAGAUGCAAUCUAAGCGAUAUGGAGAGAAACGAAAAUUUGGAUUUGUCGAACAUGAAAAGGCUAAUAUGCCACCAGAACAUAUUAGAAAGAUUAUUAAAGAUCAUGGUGAUAUGUCAAGUAAAAAAUAUAGACAUGACAAACGCAUAUAUCUCGGUGCGCUAAAAUAUGUACCUCAUGCCGUUCUCAAAUUACUCGAGAACAUGCCGAUGCCUUGGGAACAAGUUCGGGAAGUUCCAGUAUUAUAUCAUAUAACUGGUGCAAUAACAUUUGUAAAUGAAAUACCCUGGGUAAUCGAACCAGUCUACAUUGCUCAGUGGGGUACUAUGUGGAUUAUGAUGCGUAGGGAAAAACGCGAUCGUCGGCACUUUAAACGUAUGCGGUUUCCACCAUUUGACGAUGAGGAACCGCCGCUUGAUUAUGGCGAUAACAUUCUCGACGUUGCUCCUCUGGAGGCUAUACAGAUGGAAUUGAACGAGGAAGAAGAUGCUGCCGUGAUGGAUUGGUUUUAUGAUCAUAAACCAUUGCUGGAUACAAAGUAUGUAAAUGGACCUACUUAUAGACGAUGGAAACUGGAUCUUCCGAUAAUGUCUACUUUGUAUCGACUGGCACAUCAGCUGUUGACAGACUUAACAGAUAAGAACUAUUUCUAUUUGUUCGAUUUGAAGAGUUUUUUUACGGCUAAGGCGUUGAAUAUGGCUAUUCCUGGAGGACCCAAAUUUGAACCUUUAUAUAGAGAUAUGGACACUGCUGACGACGAUUGGAACGAAUUCAAUGAUAUCAACAAAAUAAUUAUACGUCAACCAAUACGCACGGAAUAUAAGAUUGCGUUUCCGUUUUUAUACAACUCCCUUCCGCGAUCCGUACACGUUUCAUGGUACCACGAACCAACUGUAGUCUACAUUCGAGCCGAAGAUCCCGAUUUACCAGCGUUUUACUUCGAUCCAAUUAUAAAUCCUAUUUCAUCACGCACUGUUCAACCUGUAAACAUAACAACGUCUCACGAGGACGAAAUUUUUGGCGAUAAUGACGUAGACGAAUUUACUCUACCAGAUAAUGUCCAUUCGUUCCUUGAAGACGUCCCUUUGAGUACCAAUACCACAGCUGACGGUAUAUCACUUUGGUGGGCUCCUCAUCCAUUUAAUAAACGAAGCGGAAGAACUCGACGCGCAGAAGAUGUACCGCUUGUGAAGACAUGGUACUUGGAGCACUGUCCUCCCGGACACCCAGUUAAAGUCAGAGUAUCAUACCAAAAACUGCUAAAAUGUUACGUCUUGAACGCAUUAAAACAUCGACCGCCUAAAGCGUUGAAUAAGAAAUAUCUAUUCCGACAACUGAAGGCAACAAAAUUCUUUCAAACGACGGAGUUGGAUUGGGUUGAAGCUGGAUUGCAAGUUUGUCGGCAAGGCUACAAUAUGCUGAAUUUGUUGAUUCAUCGAAAGAAUUUAAAUUAUCUUCAUCUUGACAUGAACUUUUCUCUGAAACCUGUGAAGACGUUGACUACAAAAGAGAGGAAAAAAUCUAGAUUUGGAAAUGCUUUUCAUUUGUGUCGUGAGAUAUUAAGAUUGACCAAGUUGAUUGUAGAUUCACAUGUUCAGUAUCGAUUAGGAAACGUUGAUGCGUUCCAGUUAGCUGACGGGUUGCAAUACAUUUUUGCACACGUUGGUCAAUUAACGGGAAUGUAUCGAUACAAAUAUCGAUUGAUGAGACAGAUUCGUAUGACUAAAGAUUUAAAACACUUGAUCUACUAUCGGUUUAAUACCGGAGUCGUUGGAAAGGGCCCUGGGUGUGGAUUUUGGGCUCCUGGAUGGCGAGUUUGGCUAUUCUUUAUGCGAGGCAUAGUGCCACUACUCGAACGAUGGCUCGGUAAUCUGUUGGCACGUCAUUUCGAGGGACGUCACUCAAAAGGCAUUGCCAAAACGGUCACUAAACAGCGGGUGGAAUCUCAUUAUGAUCUUGAGCUUAGAGCAGCAGUCAUGCACGAUAUCUUAGAUAUGAUGCCUGAAGGCAUUAAAGCCAAUAAAUCAAAGACUAUACUGCAACAUCUUAGUGAAGCAUGGCGAU